CCCCCAACUCUGCCCUGUUCUCUUGGAACAAAAGGCCUGACUAACUGAAAUCACCAUCGACAAAAGGUGCCUCUCCCCCGCCCCACGACUCAUCCCCAAUAAGCAGACAUGGCGGAGAACAACAAGUCUACAGAAAUCACAGACUUCCAAAUUAUGGUUGCAAACAAGGAUGAUAACAAGAAGCAGUUGGCUCCUAAGAGAAGUUCCACCAAGGACAGGCACAAAAAAGUGGAUGGUCGAGGAAGAAGAAUAAGGAUGCCGGCUCUAUGCGCGGCCAGGGUUUUCCAGUUGACCAGAGAGUUAGGUCACAAAUCUGACGGUGAAACAAUUCAGUGGCUUUUACAGCAAGCAGAACCAUCAAUUAUAGCUGCAACUGGAAGUGGGACUAUUCCAGCUUCGGCUCUUUCGGUUGCAGGGGCCUCUGUUUCUGAACAGGGUAACUCUGCUUCAACAGGUUUGCAUACAAAGAUGGAAGGGCUAGGACCGGGUAUGGGGUCUGGAGGUAGGACCAAUUGGACAAUGAUGAGUGGCAAUUUGGGUAGAGCUCAUGCGCCAAGUGGGAUGUGGCCCUCUAUUAGUGGAAUUGGGUCAGGGUUUGUUCAUAAUUCAAGCCAGUCGUCGUUGAAUCUCGGCAGCGAAAACUCAAAUUUCCUUCCUAAAUUUGGGUUUCCUGGGUUUGAAUUUCCUAAUAUGAAUUUGGGUCCAAUGAGUUUUUCCACAAUUAUGAGUGGAGCUAACCGUCAAAUCCCUGGUUUGGAGCUUGGGCUUUCGCAGGAUGGUCAUAUUGGGAUGUUGAAUUCUCAAGCUUUGAGCCAGUUUUACAGACAGAUUGGGCAGAGCCGUGGUGAUGCAGGCUCCUUGAAUCAACAUCAGGAACCUUCUGAUAAGGAUGAUUCUGAAGGGUCAAGGCGGUAGAAGUAGGAUUCUAAGAGAAAUUAAUCGUGACAAGUAGCAUAGCCAAGACUAAGCAGCUGAAUAGACUGCCCUGGUUUCUUGCUAGUCUAGAAGAGUGUUAGGAGUUUAUAGUUGAGAGAGUUGGGAAUUUACUUAGUUUUUUUCAUGUGUUGGGUGAUUCAAUACCGCAUUUUUCAUUUGCA